AUGCAACGGAAUACCUGGGCAUUUUAUGAAGGCAAACAUAUUGUAAAGCCAGUUCACUUCAGGCGUCAACCCACUGUUCUGUACGCCACAGCAGGAUUCGGUGCACCCCAAAACGAUAACAACGCACCACCCCCACCGAGUAUCACGCGAUUUCAAGUGUUCCCACCGUCAAAGCAACAUGGCAAUCGAGCGAUAAAAUCGCCUCAACCCAUUCCGCCACAAUUUGUCCGGAGCGCUCGGUUGCAUGCGUUUAAUUCUCUGUUUACCGAUCGGAUUUUGACCAAACCGAAGCGUUGGGCAAUAUCAACUCUGUACAAUCCCCUCUCACAUAGUUUCCCAAUGGAAUCGGACUUGAGUAAAUCUAAUCCGACCAGUAGCAGUAUUCCUACCACCACCACAACGUCCACAACUACUACUACAACUUCAGAGACACCAACAUCAACAGCAACAACAACAACAAUACCAUCUGUUGCAGAAACGGCAACUACUAUAGUGGUACCGAGUAGCUAUCGAAAGGUAGGACUUCAACAUCGCGGCAUAACUGAUCGAAAUACUUCCGUUUUGAAUCCAAUGGGGCCUGUCGUUCGAUCGCCUCGAGCUGGAGAGGACAGAAUGUCGUAUAUGGUCCAGUUGACUACAGAUGAACCCAUGUACCCUGUGUACCCGGAGGCUCCGGCCCCUGAUUUCCGCAUUAAACAAAACUAUCUGCCGGCCAAAUCUGACCCAGAUCCAUUGGCAGAUUUUGAAAUGGAAGGCUAUAGACCGGUUCGGGAACCAGAGGUGUUUGAACCGAUGCGUCCGGUUCAACAUUCGGCAGCACCUUGGGCCUAUCGAGAUGUGUAUCGUUUUGGGCCACCGAGGCACCCGGCGUGCAGUCAACCACUGAACCGUGGUGUCGGACCGGACGAGGUAUCAUCAUGGUAUUUCGAUACGCAGUUAAACGUUUGUCGUUGGUUUGGAUACCGUGGUUACGGUGGAAACUCAAAUCGUUUCUACAGUCGCACAGCAUGCGAAUCUUUGUGCAUUCGCGAUGUGGAGAAUCUGUGUGAAACAGUAAAGUGCUCGUGGCACGGUACGCACUGCUCCCUGGUCGGUGAUCAGGCGUGUAAGCAUGCAGAGGAAAUGUACGGUCGUGACUGGAGUCUGCGCUGUCCUCCCGAUCAACCGGUGUGUUUGAGUCGCAGAGGCACACGGAUUGCUCCCGACAUCGAUUUCAAAAAUAUUCCUCACGAAUGCUUUCAACCGAAAGAUCCUGGAUCUUGUGAACGUAAAAAUCCUGCCGUGAUGUUCCACUAUGAUCGGGAGCGUAACGACUGCAUGACCUUCUAUUAUCACAACUGUGGCGGCAAUGAUAAUCGAUUUGAAACCAAGUCGGACUGUAUGAGUCACUGUUCACCGUGA